ACAAGCACUAAUUCCGAUCGGUUUAGACAGGCGAUCUAAAGAUCUUGACAAAAGGUCGCAGUCAUUGAUAAGCAAGAAUCCGACUAUUGACGUCUCCAUGCCGUCGGACGUCGUGCCGCUGUCUGCAAUGGCUACAUCUACCCAGGAGUUCGCGUUCCUCUCUUGGGACGGCAGCAAUGGACGUCGAGCUUGUCCGUUGGCCACGUUCGGUUCGCGAGAGCCGCAAAUGCUCAACGUCCGCUUGACUUGUGCUGAGCCACCUCGUGCUGACCAACCGGAGCUAAAGAACGCGGCAGAACUACGCGGAGCCAUCGCGUUAGUGGUGCGUGGUGGCUGCAGUUUUGCAUACAAGGCCAGACUGCUGCAGAGAGCGGGGGCGGUGGCCAUGUUGCUGGCCAACAACACGAGAGAGGAGCCUCUCGCGGCAUUCACGAUGGGGGAAUCAUCGGAGGAAAUUGAAGAAAACAAGAAGAAUGGAGCGAAGCGCAUCACGAUUCCCUGCGUAAUGAUGUGUCUGCGUGACGUGAGAGAAUUAUUUCAGAAGUUUCCACCGUCUGUGAAGACUGGAGAGCUCGGUUUUGAGAUUUUACAGCAUGACGAGGGAGUUGCAGUCGCGGAGACGUGUCUGAGAGUACAGAGGGAGCUAUACGACGCAGCAGAGGCGGGGAAAGGAUGGAAGGCAAUCAAACGCACUACGACGUCGAUUAUCAAGAUGCUGGAGCCGCAAAACUCGACUGCAUCCAGUGAUAGCGUCGAAGACUCGAGUUUAGUGAACGAUGCUGGAACUGAGCAGUUAAAAGCGGUGGCAAGCGAGAAUGACGCUCUAACCACCCGAGACCAACAGUCACCGUUGCUUGCAUUCGUCCAGUGGGCCACCAGCGCUUCGACCUACGAGAUCUGCUUCGCUCCUCUAGCAGAUUUCUGCUCGGCAAGUGCUGGCGCGUCGUACACAGGAAAACUAGUGGCGUGCGACCCACUCCUCGCCGACAAACCCCUUAUUAACGCAAAGGAAUUAAGUGGAUCUAUCGCAUUGUUGCAGCGAGGAUCCUGUUCCUUUCCUGCAAAACUCGAGCGUGUGCAGCGUGCUGGAGCCGUGGCCGCCAUCGUGUGCAAUGACGACGAAGAGGACCCGGAUGCAGCCUUUGUCAUGAGUGUAGACCACGUCGACGCCGCCAACGCAACUUUGCCGGCUGUGAUGGUUUCUCACAAUACUUUCUUGCGGAUCCAACCAGCUCUGAACGUCACCACUGCCAGAGUUCUGUGCCUAGCUGGGGAAGCGGCGGACGGACUGUUAGCGUGCAGUGGGAAGGCUGUCUCGUUUAAAAACUUACCAAUGCCAUCUAGGAAGAACCAGGAAAGCAGUGACGGUGUCUUCGAUCUCCACUUGGCCUGUCGUGAUGGAGACCAUGCUGCGUGUCAGCGAGUACUAGCCAGUAUUGACGGAAAGGAGGGGAAGCGCUCACUAGUUAAUGCGCCGUGUGUGUCGACUGGUCUGGCUGCUCUGCAUCACGCAUGUGCACGUGGGAACGACAAUGUGGUGGAGUUGUUACUGCAGUAUGGAGCAGCUCCUGAUGCUGUAGAUCUGGCCAUGCAGACUCCUUUACACAUUGCGUGCGCUAACAGUCAAGUGGAUUGUGCUCGCUUACUACUUCGUGCCGAACCCUCUGUUCCUCAAGUCCCUGCUGUUCUUUACAAUGCAACCGAAGAAUAUGGAGGCCUCCCAACACGACGGAAUAUUGGCGGAGGAACUGCCAUGCAUGAAGCUGCUCGUGCUGGUUCGUCAGAGUGUGUGGAACUACUCCUGAGUGCCAAUGCACGAGUGGAGACUACAAAUGGAGCAACAGACAAGUAUAUUUUUCUUGGUGUUAGCGCGAGAGACUUGGAGGACAGGACGCCACUGCAUUUGGCUUGUACAAACGCUCAUGUUGACUGUGCGUUGUAUCUCGUGGCAGCUAAUGCUGAUGUCAACAUGAAAGACUCGAGUGGAUAUUCCCCACUUCUUCUUGCGUGUGAGGCAGCCAAUGACCCAAACAAAGAAGGUGACGCUGUCCAGAUAAUUGAGAAGCUGAUUACAUCUGGAGCUGUGGUGGAAGAGGAGGAGGGUUUAUUGCUAGAUCGAGUUGAGUCACCAGAUCUUCGUCGUGAUUUGGAGGUUUUGUAUCUGCGUCACGAAGCUCAGAAGGCCAAACAGAGGAGUUUUAAACUUGAAAAGGACAACGAAGCAGUGAGUAAGCGCAUCCAGACGUUGAAAGACAAGCUUAGUACACUUCGCAGUCAAGUUGAUAGACACGAUGGAUAUGAUACUCAGAUUCAGCAGCUCCAGUUGCAAAUGCAAAUGAUCCUGCAGUUCCAGACCAGCUACGGACAGCAGUCUUCCUCGAUCAUUAAUGAUACAGUAGUCACCCCUCUGCUAGCUGCGAGUUUAGUAGACACCAAGGGAAAAAGUGACGAAGAAUUGGCGCUAGAUGCAGCUCUUGCUCGUGAUUUGGGCAAAAAAUGUCUCCGUCAGAAUCAAAAUGUAUUAGCUCAGAAAUACUUCCAGCGAUCCCUGGAACUGAUGCCCCUGCCAGGUGUACAUCGACUUCUGACCACUGCUAAAAGAGCGCAACACGAUGAGCCAAACGAUAUCCUAACGAAUGAGACCCCUGCUGUCACUGGAACAUCCUCGAACGUGUUGACUUUAUCGUCAAGUACUAAGGCCACCAAGAUAUACCAAUUACAGGAAAUGAUACACAAAACCAACGCAACAUCACAAGCUCGUAUCAUGUUGGACAGCGAACUGAACAAGCUGAAAAGACUCUCGGAUGAUGCAGAAUUCUCCCUUGCUUGUCGUUGGGUGGAGUGGCUAGUGGCUUUACCAUGGGGAGAUCCCAACUCUGGACUGCACAAUGACAAUUUGUAUGAUAUGAAACGAAACGAAUUCCAACAAUUAGAAGCAAUCGAUACCAGACGCAUUGAGGCUCAUCGAAAUCAAGCUGCAUGGUUUAUCCAGCGUACAUUUCGCAAAUGUUACGCAGUUCAUUUACGCACCCGAGCAGACGCAGCAGCUCGAAUUCAGGCCAUCACCCGGGGAAAACUUGCUCGACUUCAUUACGAAGUAGCCAAGAAGCAGGUUUUAAAAGCUCAGAACCAGCAAGUUACUACGUUCGCGAACCAACAAGAUGGAACAGAAGCCGUGACGUUGUUUAAAGUGGACUACACGACCACUAUUGACCCCUCUAUACAGAGGAAGCUUCCCCACCAAUUUCACGUUGAUAAGCUUAUCGUUGGAAAUUAUUUUUCAACUGGACAGCGGAUUAAAAACCGAGUUAAAUGCUCAGAGAGAAAUUUGCGCGUGUUGCAGUUGGUCAAGUGCGUAGAAUCAGACAUCGGGUUUCCGUACAAGUCGAAGGUGAAAGCACAGUUGAUAUUCUUUGUAUGGACCCGCUGGGGAGCGGAUCUGGACAAAAUGUGCGCGUGCUCAUUAAGUGGACCCUACGAGAACCAGCAGGACGCCCAACGACGCUUUGAUCGGAUCGCUUGUCAAGAAGAAGUUUCCAGACACGCCUUAUCGGAGGAUGAUACUGCUUAUGAAAGUGGGUUUUCGUUUUUCAAGUCGAUCGUAGGGGUUGGCAGCUCGACAGACUUCGUUGGCAGCGUCAGAUCUGCCUGAUCGACAACGAACAAAGCAAAGAAUACAAGGGGUUUUAGGCAUUUUUUUCUUAUGCUGUUAAGUUUUCUAUCGAUCAUCAGGUUAACAUGCAAAAAUUGCAUGUACGCUUUGUCGGAAACUAUGACUUACCAG